AUGUCUGAAAAUAAUGGAUAUUCAUAUAAUAAUAAUCGCGGACCACCGUAUCCUCCUCAAUUAGAACAAGGUUACCCUCAAGAGCAAUAUUAUCCACCACAUCAGCAAUAUCCACAUCAACAACAAUAUCCACAACAACCACCAAGACAACCUUCACCACAACAAUACUCUCGUCAACCCACACCUCCAAGACAGCUUACGCCGCCCCAACAACUUUCCACCUCUAGACAACCCUCACCAUCAAGGCAGGAGGCAUUUCCAGCUAAUCAUCCUUAUCGAGACGAUGAAAAUAACAGAUCGAAUGAAAGUCUGAGUCAUGUUCAAAAAGAUGGAUGGGUAUUUAGACCACCCGAAAAUGGUCAUGUUAUAACUAAAGGUGAAAUGAUUAGUAGAAUUGUGCAAUAUUAUGAAAUGUUUGUGGUGAAUGUAUUUUUGCUAGGAUAUAAUGUGCUGAAAUAUGCGAAACUUGGAGUGGAUGAUAGUACAGUAAAAAAUUUUCUAAUGGAUGCAUGCGGAGACAGAUUUCACAUUGAACAAUUUGAUUAUUGUUCAGCAUCAAGAUUAUUUUGGGGUUUAAUAGGUGGAGCCAUAAUAUAUUUUAUAUUUACGUCGAUUGUAGCAUUUGCACUUUCAAUUGAAUUAAGACGUAGAGGAUACGAUUCUUCAUUCACAGCUUUGUGGCAUUCCCCAGCAUUUUUACUAUGCUUUUUUUAUGACGAAGAAAAAAGAGUAGAUAUUUUGAGUAUACCUAAUAAAUAUGUUGGGUUAAGUUUAUGGACCAGAAGUCAAAUACAUCGGAUUAGUUUAGCUAUUUAUUGUGCUAUUAGUUCUGUCUUGAUUUUGGUUUCUUUAAAAAAAGGAACCGCCGAAACUGCCAAAAUUGAAGGGGAAGGUUUAAACAGAGGAUUACAGAAAU